AUGGGCUUCAAGUCUUACUACCAAUGGAUUACUCUCGCCGUGGCUGCGACCGCUGCUGCUCAAACUACCACCAGCUGCAACCCUACGGAAAAGACGUGCCCAGCGGACACCGGUCUAAAUAAGUACCGUCUAAACACGGACUUUACCUCCGGAUCUCUAGGUCGCUGGAACACCACCGCCGGCACCGUAACCAGCACCGACCUGGGCGCCAAAUUCACCAUCUCCGAGCAGGGCGACGCCCCCACCAUCGAAAGUGAAUUCUACAUCUUCUUCGGCCAUGUCGAUGUCAAGCUGAGAGCCGCAAAGGGCACCGGCAUCGUCAGCACCUGGAUCCUAGAAUCCGACGACCUAGACGAGAUCGACUGGGAACAAAUCAGCACCUGGGACACAGAAAUCCAAACCAACUACUUCGGCAAAGGGAACACAACCUCCUACGACCGCGGCACAACCGUAACCGUCUCAACCCCAGAAGAAACCUUCCACACCUACUCAGUCGACUGGACCCACGAGCGCAUCGAGUGGCUCCUCGACGGCGAAGUCGUGCGCACACUCAACUACGCCGAUGCCCUCGACGGCAAAAAUUACCCCCAAACACCCAUGCGCAUCCGCAUCGGUAUCUGGGCCGGCGGUGACCCGGAUAACUCUGAGGGUACGAUUGAGUGGGCUGGUGGCGAGACUGAUUAUACUGAAGGUCCUUUCUCUAUGUAUGUUGAGUCGGUUGAUAUUAUUAACUAUAACCCGGCUUCGGCGUACAAGUAUACCGAUAUGACUGGCGAUUAUACGAGUAUCGAGGCUACGAAUUCUACGACCUCGACUAACUUGGGCUCGUCGAGCUCGAGCUCGAUUGUUGCUUCGAGUAGCACUUCUGCUUCCGUUAGGGCUAGCUCGUCUUUGGUUGGUUCUUCGUCGGCGACGGCUUCGGUGGCGGCUUCUAGUGGUUUUGUCUCUUCUGCUUCGGUUGCUUACUUUACUUCGGGCUUUGCUGUUGCUGUGGCCUCUCUUAUUGCUGGAUUGGUUCAACUUUAG